AUGGUCUCGAUUUCGCAGCAAGAAGAUCGCGUAGAGGUCGUUCCGGCCCAUGUGCAGGCCUGCCGCCACCACACUCACCGCCAAAGCGUGGAUCCAGAAUUUCUGGAGGAGCUAAAAAGAAGGCGGGAAGAAUACAAAAAGAAGAAGGCAGCUGCCGACCAGAGCAAAGUGCUCAGCUUGGAGCAGAUUGCGGAGGUCUUCGGCCCUGAGGGCUCCUUUGCUGUCCGUGGGGAGCCCCCGACGGAUGGCUGGAUCUUCAGCGCCUACGAGGAUCCCUACACCGAGCGAGCCUGGAGUUUUCUACCCGAAGAUGGUGGCAGCCUUCAUCAGGAGGGUGUCUGCAACGAGAGCACCUUGGCCAAGACCUGGGGAAUCGCCGUCGCCAGCUGCAAGGGCUGUAAGUCGCCAAGCGACACCACCGUCGGCCAGGACAACUUCGCAGUGGCCCAGCUGUCCUGCGGCUGGAAAGCACUUUGUGUCUUUGAUGGACAUGGCCACAAUGGCCACUGGCCUGCCCUGCGUGCUGCACAGACGAUGCCGUAUUUCCUCCAGCAGGCACCCUGCUCGGAUGCCCUGAAGUGCGGGCAAGUCGCGGCGGCCUUGACCUCUGCGUUUCGCAGUGUACAGGAGGAGAUGGAGGCUGCGGCGGUCGUCCAAGAGCAUGACCUCCACCUUUGCGGAGCUACAGGCACCGUGGCGCUCAUUGCCCCAGGUGGCAAGUCUGUGUGGGUGGCUACGGUCGGAGACUCGCGUGCUAUGCUCAUGGAAGGUGACAGCAACACUGUGUAUCAGACAUCUGAUCACAAAGUGUCGCGAGACGAUGAAGCUGCACGGAUCAAGCAAGCCGGUGGAAAGGUCAUCAUUUCCGAAUAUGCAGAUGGGACUCGAGACUACCGGGUUGCUCCGAAGGACUUGUCCUCACCUCAGAUCGCCAUCUCGCGAUCGUUGGGAGACCUCAUCUUCAAGGACUCUGGGGUCAUUGCGGCCCCCGAGAUCGUGGAGUGGCAAGUGAAGAAGCCGUCCGAUGCAUACGUGCUCGUAUGCAGUGACGGUGUCUGGGAGUUCCUGAAUGCGAUGGACCUCCGGGGCUUGACACUGGAGGCUUUGAGAUCGGAAGGUGCCUCGGCGACCGAGGUGGUACGUGGGCUCCUGCAGCGUGCCAAGCAGACUUGGAACGACAUGGAGGAGUACUACUGUGACGACAUCACAGUGAUGCUGGCCAGCAUGAGCGGCGGGCUACCCGCAUUGCUGAGGGCUCCCAAAGAAGGCUGCCCAGGCUGUAAGCAGGGGUCGUGUCCGACACAAUGA